UGACUUUUCUCUAGGUUGAAGACCUCGGUAUAGCAGGAUCAGAGUAUGACCGUCAGUAACUAGAGAAGACAAUCUGAAGACUGCAUUUGCCACCAUGAAUGGCAUUUUUACAAAAGAAAACUUUUCUGUCUGCAGGAACCUGUCCGUUCAGACCCUGUCUCUCCCUGUACCUCCGUGACUGCUUCAUUUUCACUGUCAUCAACGUGACAUAUCAUGCCAAGAAAACAAAGACCCCUGAUGCUCUGUUGCCAUCAAUCCCAGACUUCUUUACCUUUUUGUUUCUUGAUGCUCUUCCGACAUGAGAGAGGUGUGUCUUCUCUCAUCUGGGCUCCCACCUCCAUGCUCCCAUCAAUCCACUCCUCUUCAGAGAGCAGCCUCUUCAGCCUAGGAUUGUUCCAGUGUCGUCUCUGCUCCUCUUAGCUGUACAGUCACCACUACCAAGAUAAAGAUGGAUGUCAUGUGUCAUCUAGUAUAGAAGUUUUAGAAGUUAGAAGACAUUUGCUAAAUCAAGUUACUUCACCCUGGCAACUUCAGCAGUAAUUUCAGCCAGUUUGCAUUUAAUGGAAGGAGACCAUUGUCUGCUCAUGUACAUGUCUAACUCAUAAUAGUUUAUAUGCUUUAAAGACAAUUUGCCAAAUGUAUUUGAAAGAUGAUUCGCCAAGGCCCUUGAAGUAAUGGGAUCGAGACAGAUGUGUACCCUGCCCAUGUAGAGUGUUGAAUCUGUUGCAGAAGACAGACAUUAAAUUCCAUCAGUAUAAGGAUGAUCUGUACUGGGAGGCGAGAACUAAGUUGUACAAGAGCAACCUAGCGUCUCAGGACUUCUGCUCAUCUGGGAAAGCUACUCUUUGGGUCAUAUACAUCAUAAUGCGGAGUUCUUCAUCAGUACCACCAAAAGAUCAAGGUGAAGCAAACAUCCCUUCUGGAACAACACAGAGUGGAAAAACCUCACAGAGUAAGAGUCAGUUUAGGACCAUUGCACCAAAAAUUGUGCCUAAAGUCCUAACAUCCAGAGUGCUACCCUGCCCUUCCUUGCUUUCUGACCAAGGGAAUCUGGCUCUAACGUCCAAGCCUCUGGGCAUGCCCACCCAGAACUAUGCUCUGAUGCAGGUGGCUGGCCAGGAGGGGACAUUUUCUCUUGUUGCUUUGCCAAAUGUUGCCUCAGCCCAGCCAUUUCAGAAGCCCAGAAUGUCCAUACAUGAAAACCUUAAGCUACCUAUUCCUCGAUACCAGCCACUAAGUAGCAAAGUACUAAGAAAGAAACAGGACCUGUGUUCUCCCAGGGGUGGCUCCAGUGACCCUCCUGGCCCAGCCCAGUUAUGUCAUUUGAGCCCUUCCCCACAAGCCCAUCCUGAGCUGCCUCACAAACUCAGCCCAUGGAAGCGAAUGUCCACUUUAAACCCUUCCCCCACCAGUGUCAAUAUAGCUACACUGACCAGUGGUAUUGGCCAAGGAGAUUUGAGUCCUCUAGUGACCAACAGUUGUGAAGAUCUGGAGCUUCCUGCUAUUCCAGCAUACACUACAGAGGACUCUUCUUCCCCACAGAGCCUCCCAGCAAGUAUGCAGAAGGCAGGUUGUGCCAGGAAGGAGGCACCCACUAAACCUGCUGUUGCUGGUGAAGAGCUCAAAGAACAGGUAGCUCCUGCUCAUGCUCCCUUCAGCAGUGCAGUUCAGUUGGUCUCUGUAAUACCCAAGGGUAAACUGCCCAUCCUGCCCUUCCCAAAAGUGAAAACCACAGAGGUGGGCAAAGUGGAACCAGAUGCUGAUAAUGCAGAAUUGUCUUCAUCUGGAUGCAAAGCAAACUGUGAUGAGAGACUGUCCAUCACAGAAGGGUUUGAUGCAGCCACUGAGACAGCCAGCAAGAUACCUGCUCUGCAUGGGUCUAAGCAGAGUGCUUGUGAAAGUGCCUUCUGUUCUGUCACCAAAUUAGAUCUCAGCCAUAAGGCAAAACCCAGCAGUGGGAUAAAGAGAAGGGGAAGAAAAUGGAAAGUACCAGAUGAGAUUUUAGCAUUGCAGGGCAAAAGGAGGAAAUGCAUUAUUGGUAUGUGUGGAGAUGGCAUAGAAAGGGCAAGAAACAGUCCCCAAGAACCCAGAGACCAGAAGCCCAGGGCUGCUUCGAGAAAGUAUCGUAACAUCAUGCCCAAGCCUGUCAUCGUCCUGUCUGCUUUGGCGCCCCUGGCAUCUCCUGCAGCUGUGCUGUCCCAGGCUCCCAGCUGCCUAGGUCAAGAUGUUCUGAAUAAUGUCCUGCCUCCAAAAUGUCUUGUCUCCAAGCAGAGUGACAGCCUUGCCCUGAAGCCCAGCUCUGCACUCAGAAAUGGGUUCUCUGGCAUUAGGAAGCCCUGGCACAUGUGUCCCGUGUGCAACUACCACUUCCAGUUCAAACACCACCUUCUAGACCACAUGAAUGUACACACCAAUAGACGCCCGUAUAGUUGUGGAAUCUGUCGCAAGACCUACGUGCGUCCUGGCAGCCUAAGUGCACAUAUGAAACUUCACCAUGGUGACAAUCGCCCCAAGAAACUCGUGUGCUGUGAAUUUUGUGCAAAAGUAUUUGGUCAUGUCCGGGUCUAUUUCGGCCAUCUGAAGGAGGUACACAGGGUUGUGAUCAGCACAGAGCCCUCCCCCAAUGAACUGCAGCCAGGAGACACACCAGCAAACAAGGUCAGAGAUCUCGGUAUGCAAGGACCUGACAGCUCACUGGAGAGGGAAACCAAGUCAAGUUUGGAAGAAGAUUUCCUUCUAAACCAGGCAGAUGAAGUCAAAUUGCAAAUCAGAUGUGGCCGUUGUCAGAUCACUGCUCAGUCUUUUGCUGAAAUAAAGUUUCAUUUGCUUCAUGUUCAUGGGGAGGAAAUUCAAGGCCGGCUGCAAGAGGUGAUCCUACCAGGCAGCAGAUCUGAUGUUCCCCACCAGAAGCCGUACACAGAGAGAAGGACGCAGAUGAAGCCCUAUGCUUCUGUGGAGGACUCUCCAGCAUUCCCUAGAGUGAAAAGACAGCCAACCCCUCAUCAGAACAGAGAGGAAGCCCUGGUAGGAAGUGAAGGUAGCCAGUGGGAAAUGACUGGCCCACCGCAUCCUGCCAGGUUUCUCUGGUCCCACACAGGCUUUAAUUGCCUGCUCUGUGCUCAGAUGCUCGGAAGGAAGGAGGACCUGCUUCUUCACUGGGUACGCCAGCACAACUGUGAAGACCCCACCAGACUCUGGGCUCUCCUGGGUACGUUCUCUAACCAAGGAGCUCCUGAGCUCCCCAGUGAAGCAAGGCUAUGACACCGAGGCCCAAGAGAUGCUGCACCACCUUUCUCACAGUCUGUGCUGUUAGUAUUUAAUUGUAAGGAUCCAGCGCUCCAGGGCCAGGAACAGUCAGUGCACAGAGGACAUGUUUAUGCAUAGUUUUAUUUUCUUAAGAAAUAAAAUAUGUGCCCUGAAUGCAUUUUUCUAACAUAUGUAGUCUCACUUUAAAAUUCCAUGCAUUCUCCAAUAUCGUAGACUUUAUUUAAUAAUAAAUAAAAAGAUCAAAAUUAGGAAAUUGAAA